GCUAUAGCAUCUGCCAUCUAUCAGCAGGUUGGUAACUCAUCUGCCAUCUAUCAGCAGGUUGGUAACUAUCACAAGGCUGAGGAAUGUAAUGCUGAGCUUGAAGCUGCCGCUGAAGCCCCUCCGCUGGACCCUAAUGUCACAGAUCAACGAGCUAUUAUGAAAUUGAAUAUCAAUGUCGGUAAUCAAAGUCUUGUGGAUCAAUUUGAAUGGGAUAUGUCUGACCCUAAUAAUAGCCCUGAAGACUUUGCUCGGAGCCUAUGUGCUGAACUAGGACUUGGUGGAGAAUUCACAUCCGCUAUCGCCUAUUCUAUUCGUGGUCAACUGCAAUGGAAUCAGAGGACCUAUGCAUUCUCAGAAAGUCCCCAACCUACUGUAGAGUGCACAUUUAGGAAUCCAUCUGAGGCUGAAACAUGGGGACCUUUCUUAGAAACUCUUACUGAUGCUGAGAUUGAGAAGAAAAUGCGCGAUCAGGAUAGAAAUACACGACGGAUGCGUCGUCUUGUUGGCGGCGGCUUCAAUUUCUAG